GCUGUUUUGAUCCAUUUCAAAGGAAGGGUAUGAUUUGAAGAGGGAGAGAGGAAAUCAUAUUACUUUAUUUUUUCCUGAGCCGUUCUACCCCUUCGGAGGGGGGCGGCUGGAAACUUAUUUACCUGUUCUUUUGGACGAAUGCGGGGAUCGGCUUUAUAACGGCGAUGUGAUUAAACAAAAAGAGAUCCCCUUCUUGCGUUGAUAGGAAAGCUGGAGUUUGUGGAGUUUGUAUGUGAUCCUGUGUUUUUGGCCGACCCUCCCUAACAAUUCGGGACUCGGAGGUCCCGGACCGAGAAUGGCAAAUGCAUGAAGUGAAACUGUUUGCAGGAGAUGGAUUUUGCUUUUGCACCGAUGAAAACCUGGAGGUGGGUCCUGCGUUUUCCUGCCACGCUGAGACGGUGUGUUUGUGUGUGUGUUUUCCCUGUGUGUUUUUCCAGCUCGCACCGUCCCUUUCCAUAAGGGAAUGACGUGGUGAGCCCGAGAAGUAUCCGAGGGAGGAGAGAUGACUGAACGGUCUGCGCCAUGCCCCGGAGUACAGUAAACAGACCGACACACGCUGUCUUAUAAGCUUAUUCUUUUACAGAGGGACGUGAAGGAAUAAAAAAACAAUACAAAACAAUUAUGGAUUUACGUUCAGGCAAAAAACAGAUCUUUCUGUCGCAAAGAAGUUGUUCGUUUUCUAAACGUGAUCGAUUACUGUAAAAAAGUGAUUUAUCUAACGGGAGUGGAUCACGUGAUAAAGUUCACAACUUUUUACAAUACCCCCAUUGCCAAGUUUUAUACACAUAUUCUCUGCAAAAGGGAGUAUUGACUACUCUCUUUAAUGACGGCGAUCCAGCUAUGCAAGUAACGCGCCUUUGUGCUGCUGACGGUUUCAGUGCACAAGAACACUUAUAACUGGUAAUGACCUUAUAUCAGUAUACUACGUUGUUUUAACUUUCCGUAAGCUGCUGGAAGAUGGUUGAAAAGAGGUGUUUGCUUCAGCGAGAGGGAGUUUACCGCUGGUUCUCCCAGCUGAACUCUUCUAAGAGGGCUGAGUUUCUCUGUGGGCUCCUUGACCUCUGCGUUCCCAUCGAGCUACGCUUUCUUGGGUCCUGCUUGGAGGACCUGGCCCGGAAAGACUACCACUCCCUCAGGGAUGCCGAGAUCAAGGCCAACAACCCAGCCGACCUAGCGAAUUUGACCAACAUCACGGAUGAGGUGGUCCGCAGCAAACUGCUCAUCUCCCUAGCGCUGCUGAACUCGGACAACAGGGGAGCAGCAGGGGUACUUUUCAGGACGCUCACCCACAUCGACUCCGUGAUCAACAACUAUGGGCUGCAGCUCAAUGACGGCCAGACGGGGGACCAGUUCCUCCUGCUCUUCACCAUGGCCUCCAACCAUCCCGCCUUCAGCUUUCACCAGAAGCAGGUCCUCAGGCAGGAACUGACGCAGAUCCAGAGCAUCGUGCAGGCGGCCUGCAGUGGGAAUCAUGCGAGUGGGGGGACCAGUGCCCUCGCUGCCCUGACCGCAGCCAACACCAUCACAACCUACAUCACCAAUGCCACCCUUAACUCCUGCCCAGCGGGAUUCCCCUGUUCUCACAAGGCACUACACCGAGAGGAAAGGACAAGGCAUGGAAGCGAUGGCAGUGGCCUGGACUCCCAAUCACAGGCUUCCUCACUGUCUGGCCAGGAGCUGCUGAUUAAGGUCCAUGCGGGAAAGACCAAUAAAGCAAACAUCGAGAGGAUUGAGCUGAAGAGCCUGACGCAGAAAGCGGAGAAGGCGGGCGAGUACACCUUCGAGGUGCUGUGGUCAGACUCCACGGUGUCUGUUGUCUCCCGGACUUCUCAGGACGUGAUGGAAUUUCUGUCCAAGAUCAGCCAGCUCUUCCCAGAUGAUGGGCUUGAGAAAUACUUGUCCUUGUCUCCCCUGGACCCCCCACACCAGCCAGAUCCCAGGUGCCUGGCUAAGCUGCCACCACACCUGCUGAUGCACGAGCAGGUCAGGCAGUUCUUCAGUCCUGCCAUGAGUCCUCAGUUCCCUCCCAACACGAAUUUUGGCUGUUCACUGCAAUACAGAGGAGCCAGUAGUUUGCCCAGGCCGGUCUGCGGAGUGGCCAGCAUCCAGCCCGUCAUCAGUUCUCACUGCCCCCUGCAGCCUCACUCAGCCACUCACUUCCCAUCCCCUGGAGUGGCCCCCCGGCUGCCCUCCGGCGGGGGGCCCACUGGGGAUUGCCUGGCCCUGGUAAAUCCGGCCUCCAACCCCCGCCCUCCAGGCCAGGCCAACUUGGAGCAGAAUGGGAUCCUGGACUGGCUACGCAAACUGCGUCUGCACAAGUACUAUCCUGUGUUCAAGCAGCUCACCAUGGAGAAGUUCCUGGCGCUCACCGAGGAGGACCUCAACAAGUAUGACCUCACACAGGGGGCCAAGAAAAAGCUGAAGACCCAGCUGGAACUGCAAAAUAGGGAGAAGUCCGAGAAGAGGUAUGUGCUUUCCCAGUUCCCGGUGACCUGUGGUGGGGUGGCCAGGGUGGCUCCAUCCAGCCACAUCGCGCCGAGCACCAGCAGUGCAGAACUGCGCGUAGAGGUGGACAGCAGCUCGCACCUUUUCCCCCGGGACAGCGGUUCCUCCUCAGGGUACUCCAGUUCCCCCUCCAGCCCCAUGGCCCCCCGUGACGAGGCCCUUGACAGGGUUAAAGCCAGUGUAACCUCAGAGCCACGCAGACGAACAGAAACUGGGUCAGAACCUGGGGACAGAGAGCGGACUUGUGUGCUGCUGAACCAUACGGUGCCGAGCGGACCAAGCCGACCCACUGCUCAGGUUCUUCCUGUCCAGAAUGACGCCUGUUCGUCAUCAUCUCCCUACCACCUGCCUCUUCCUCCCCAAGUCCUGCCCCUCCUCUCACCUGGGCGUGUCCUUGGUCCCCCUCGCAAGCCCCGCCCUCCCCCGCCCCCCCCUUCCGUCCUGUCCCCCCUUUGCUCGGAGGACCGUGCCAAGCCCAUGUGUCCAGGCGUGGCAGUUGGCAUGCAGCUGGAAAGCCGCUUCCCCGGCCUGAGUCUGGAGAUGGCACCGGCCCUCCUCUCCGAUGGCCCUGCUCCUGGAGCUGCCCCCCAGGGCACUCUGGCAGCUCUGCGGUCCCCCCCGGGCCUGAUGGUGGAGACAAGUACGGCCCCGACAGCCACCUCCAACACCCUGCACCAUGUGUCGCGGCCCCCCCUCCAGCCGCAGCUGUCUCCUUCGGUCCCUCCCACAUCCCCUCACCGCACGGGACACUUCUCGGCCUCCUGGUCAGCCUUCCCCACUGCCAGCAGCAUUGCCGUGGUGACAGCACCUGAAAGCACCCGUUGUGCAAAGGGUCACCCCGGACCAUCCGCCCCACCUACAUCCGGCCCAGUUUCUACGGAGACCGGCUCAGGCGGGGCAGGCGGGCAACCCCCCACGUGCGUCUGCAGUUCCUGCGGUUGCAGCGGCAGCUGUGGCUCCUACUGCGCCCUGCCUGCUGGCUACGCAGGCUACUUCCAGCACCCCUUCUCGGGCCCCUCGGUGCUCACGCUUGGGCCCCUGCUGCACCUCAGCCCAUUGCUGGCCGGGCCCCACCCCCAGUCCCACAGUGCCAGCGCUCCCUUCUCCUACCCCCUGGUGGCACCACCGCUGUACAGUGGCAGCCUGCCCCAUGAGACACAGGCGGGCUUGGUGCUGCCACCCAUGCAAGGCUUCCUGGGGGCGGCGGCUGGCAUCUAUCAGCCGCAGGUGGCCGUGGGGAAUGCGGGCGGCGAGCAGAAGAAGGGCAACGUCUCCUGCUACAACUGUGGCGUGAGCGGGCACUGGGCGCAGGACUGCAAGCAGCCCCUCAUGGAAUCUGGCCAGCAAGGAACCUUCCGGCUGAAGUACGCCCCCCCAUCUGACAGUCAAGAUUCUGCAGAUUGAGGCCUUGAAAUGGAGCAGGCCAGACCCCUGCCCCCCCCCCCCACCUUCAAAUACACGCUGAAGCCUGCUGUAUCUUGACUGGAACCUGCCACUCCGCACGCUGCUUGGAGUGAUCAGAAGGAGCCUGGAACACAGGAAUGUGGGCGGGGCUCUAAGUGAUGGGUUCGCGUGUAUGUGAAAGGGGCCUUCUAAUUCUCCUUAGAACCCUUUGUGGGCUGGCUGGCAUUGUGACAUCACAAGCACUUCUGGGGAAGGUGGUGCCCCCCCCCCCCCCCCAUGCCCUUACCACCGUCUGAAGCACCUCUGCCCGGUAGACAGGAGUUCACAUGGUUUACUUUGCAGCAUCUUGCUUACAUGGUAAUAAAAAUCACAAAAAGGAAACAAAGGAGAGGUGUUCAGGUGCCACACAUUACGGUUUGUAAGUACUUAUUUUUAAAACUGACUUUUCAGAACUGUGUACUUGCAGAAAUUUUAAAUGUACAAUAAUUUACAGUAUUUACAGACCAGAUUGUCUAUCUGUAAAAUGCAUUUUCACCCUAAACUACAAAAAUCUUGACAUGAUCAGUAUGACCUCCAGAGGACAUAUAUGGAUACAUGUUUGUGUUCAUUUAAAACCAUAUUGAAUUCAGCAGUUUGUUUUGAAGGACCGGUGAGACAAGUAUGUGAUCAGACAGGCGUGUGGUCAGACAGGCGUGUGGUCAGACAGGCGUGUUGUCAGACAGGCGUGUUGUCAGACAGGCGUGUUGUCAGGCAGGCGUGUUGUCAGGCAGGCGUGUUGUCAGGCAGUCAGAUAGGUGUGUGAUGCUGUGGGUCUCUCUUCCUGGUCUAAGAGGCUGAUCUGAAGCUGCAUCCAGUCUGUGGCACAGGAAUUAGACAGGAAGACCAGCAGAAACAGGCAGCCAUACUCAAGUUUGAAUAAGGCUUCGGGACAGAAAAAACACAAUAUCUAAGUUUCAUGAUAAUUAUAAUGUGUGUUAUUUUAUAGAAUUAGGCUGUAAGGUUUCACACACAUUAACUAAAAUUGUGUAACUGCUGUCAGUCAAAAAGAUCCGACAUUGUAAAAUGUGUCGAUUACGAACUUUGGAAUCCUCUCCAGUGCAGUCUUCCAGUAAAAGCCUCUGGGAAAAUAAACCCAUAAAUAUCACUGGCCCUGGAUUACAUGGGAGUUUCACUAACAGUCAAACUCCACAGCAGGUGACUUUUGUCCGGAAGCCAUCCGGAAUGAAGAUUACCAAAGAGAGUAAACAACAAACCUUGGCCCACAUGCUGAUUAGGAGCCCGGGGAACAUUCUGAACAGGCUGACUGAAUUCCUGGACCGUUAUGUGCAUUUGCUAGGCUUACGUGGUCCAAUUUAUUAGAACUAUGUAUAUCAACGAGAAGAAAAUAACACUAAUGAAUUGUUUUUCCUCAGUAUAAUCAGUCUUCACAUGUAUUUAUGAAAGCCUUGUAUAUCAUGGUGGAACGAUGGAAGCGAUGUUAAGCGACAAGUAGGAAAAACUGGAUGUACACAGUUCACCAAGAUGAUGGUGUGCAGUGUGCUGACAUCAUCAUGACAUCACAGCCUUUGUAGGGUGAGCUGGGCUGCUCAGAGAUAGACAGAGAUGGUUUUCAGAGGGGCCAAGCGGAGCUGGCAGUCAUACUGCCCACCAGAACCCCUCUCCAUGCAUAUACCCAGGCUGCAUGUAGCCCAAUAACGUACUUUUUCCUGUUCUUUAAAAAUAUAAACCUUUGAUUACAUGUAGUGGAUCUGAUGUUGUAACGCCACCUUUUUGUAUUUUGUUACUCCGUUCAAACAGAAACUAGACAGUUUUAAAAUUGUACAUUUUAUAUGUCUGAAAUGAAAUCUUUUUGUAAAGAGCAUUAAACAUGUUUCAGAUA